AUCAGCAGAGUUCAUGGACUCAGCAGGAAGACGGUUGUGUUUUCGUUUCUCAGCUGAAUCUCUGCGUAUUUUCAUCAACAAUGUCUUCAGUUCAGCAUCUGAGAGAGUUUAUCAGAGAGCGACUAACUGCUGCUGCUGAAGAAAUCUUCUCAGAGGUUGAGAAAACCAUCGUCCGCUACGAGGAAGACGCCAGACGGCUGGAAAGCUGCUGGAGACCCCAGAUAAAACUCCCCAGAAUCGACCUCCAGAAGCCACGUGUCUCCAUGGAGGAGGAAGCUUCUGCCAUUCAACAGCUCUGCAACCAGAGGAGAAGGUCCAGUCAUGACCAGGAGGAAGCAGAACCUCAGUGUUCUGAAGAGGAACAGAUGGAACCAGAACCUCCACUAAUUAAAGAAGAAAAGGAGGAACCAGAACUUCCACUGGUUAAAGAAGAAAAUGUGGAGCCUGAGUCUUUGUGGGUUAAAGAGGAACAAAGGGAACGGGAAACACUAAUUAAAGACCAAGAGGACCCAGAAGUUCCACUGAUUGAGGAAGAAAAGGAUAAGCCAGAUUCUUCAAGGCUUAAACAUAAACAGCUGGAUCCAGUUUAUUUAGCAACUGGACAGGAGCAGAAGGAUGUCUGCAGCAGUCAGGAGGGAGAGCAGCUUGUCCAGAAGCAGUCUGUUGGCCUAAUGGAGACCUUUACCCUUCAGAAAAGUAAAAGAGAAUCAAGAACUGAGCAGCUUUCCUUUCAUAUCUCCACUGGGUCAGAGAGUCAAUCUUGUACAGAUACUAAGAAAGGGUCUUUAAAUUGUGACAUAUGUGGAAAGUCUUGGAAGAAGAAGAGUGAAUUGGAAAGGCAUUACAGAACCCACACUGGAGAGAGACCCUUUAGUUGUCAGACAUGUGGAAAAAGUUUUUCUUGUACAAGUCAUUUAAAUGCUCACAGGAAAAUGCACACAGGGGAAAGACCGUUUUCUUGUCAGACUUGUGGAAAAAGUUUCUCUCAUAGGAACCAUUUAAAUGUUCACAGGAGAAUACACACAGGGGAAAGACCUUUUUCUUGUCAGACUUGUGGAAAAAGUUUCCCUCGUAUUUGUAGUUUAAAACUUCACAUGAGAACCCACACUGGUGAGAGGCUUUUUUCUUGUCAGACAUGUGGAAAAAAAUUCAUUCAACAGCGCUCUUUAAAUGCUCACAGUAGAAUCCACACAGGGGAAAGACCUUUUGUAUGUGGAAUGUGUGAGAAAAGCUUCAUUCAUGUUGGCAGUUUGAAUAUUCAUAUAAAACAAAAACACAACAGUAAGAAGUAGCCAUUUUUUGACAUUCACACAGCCUGCAUCUGAGUACUUCUCUUAGCCAAAGCGGAGGUCCAGCAGUCACCAUAAGUGCAGUCAGUAUAGAUGCAGAUAAGAAAUGGAGCCUGUAUGCCUCCUCUCACAGCUAAUUUAGCAUAGAAACCUUGCAACGCCCCUUACUAGUGCCAAAAAGCUAUAAGGAAUCCCACAAUCCUUUGUGAGACAUAACGUAUAAGCACAGCCCACCCAAGUUUUUUUCCGGAUGUGUCCCAUCUGCCUGUGUAGCUCUAAGACUAGCUUUGUUAAUGCCAAAGAGCCUCAAACAGAUAGGACUGUCUCAGAAAGUUAGAAUAUCGUGAAAAAGUAUACUAGUAGGCUA